ACUAUUUUAAGUGAUGCCUUAAUUAUUGAAAAGACUAAAUUGCUAGUGGGUGAAUUAAAGAUUCCUGAAGAUAGUGAAGAAGCAUCCACUGAUCAAAAUGUUAUUAUCGAGUCUUUACCAUUACUACAAGAUAUAUGUGAAAAAUAUCCUUUUAACAGAAUAUAUAACAUGGAUGAAAUUGAUGACCAAAUUAUCAAGAAGCUUGCUUAUACAUUUAAAAAAGAUGAUAGUGUUAAAUCUGCUGAUAAAAAUGUUACUAAAAUAGAUGAUGAAGAUAAUAGCAUUAAGAUAAUAACUGUUAGUGAUAGUUCAGCAUUAAAUAAUUUAGAAAAUAUUUGUAUAUUUUUGCUUCAACAAGAGGGUUCAGGCGAGCAAUUUAAAUUAGUUAAUUUUUUGGAAAAAUUUGUUAGAAACAAAAUUAUAAGUUUAGCCUAA